AUGGAUUUCAACAACGAGAGACCCGGCUCGGCAGCGACGACCACUUCUUCUCCUUCCGAACCACCGAGAAAGCGACAGCGCAUUUCGACCCCCUCGACUCAGCCUACACGUAGCCAAACCACACGUAGAGCCAGAACCCCGAGAGAAGCAGCACGACAGCGCGCAGUUGAUCUCCUCCUCCGCUUUCAAGCUCUCCCCCCGGAAGUAUCACCAAAGCCACAGCCACAGUCAGAGACACCCUCCACCAGAGCCAGACCCAGCAUUGUGCUCCAUCACAACGUCCAUCCUCAAUGGAAGCACCUACCUUUCGAGACGCCGGAACAUAUCUCACUGAGAAUCGCCAUCAACGCGCACGAGAACGAGUCUGAUAUCGUCUACUAUGCUCCCCAGUCAGCCAAUGGGAAACACCUUCCUCCAUGGACGCUCGACACCGCUCUAUCGCUCAAGGUACCGCACAGAGCCGUAAUCGCCACGCGAACAGAGGUAGAUGACCUGAAGACACACUUGAUGCUCUUUGGCGCAGAUAUGGACGAAGCCCUGAAGCACAAGGAGAGAUAUCAAUCGCUGGAAUUGCUAGGCGAAAAAUCAUCAUCCACCGCGGACUGGUACCUUUCGCUCACCAAGAUAUGGGGACGAAACUCUACGCCCGCGCUUCUGAUCAAGAACCCUUUCGACAAGUCGCAGCAUGAGUUCUCAGUCCCGACAGUCAUGGACCUGGAAGCACAGCGCGUGCGAAAUCUUCUAGAGAUGAUCAAGAACGACUUCAAGAGGAAAUCCGGCCUGUCGAUGUCCGAGGUGCAGGACAUUUUCUUCAAGAGAACCAAGAUCAUGAUCGUCACGUGCUGUCCCACUGGCGAUUCUCACAAGGCCACUCGAGACUUUGAAGAGAGCUUGCACGGCAAAUGGAUCAGCCAGAUCGGGUUUCCGAGGCAUCACGUGCGGUGUUUGGACCGUGCCAACGCGUGCGCACGCUACCACGGGGCAACCCAGUUGCGAGCACAGCUGGCGUCGGCGUCCAAGACGGACAACCCGGCGCAGUCCUUCGCCACAAACUUCGGCCGCACGGCGGUUGCCGUCGUCGACGUCGACGCCUGCUUUGCUGGCGUGUGCACCGCCUUGGUCAAGGCGCAGGACGGUCGUUGCUCGGCCAAGGCCAGCAACAAGUCGGUCAACAGCCUUCAGGGGCGGAUCGGGCUGAAGAAGCCCGUGAGAGACAUGCUGGACCGGGUCCACGGGCAGGUGAUCCGCGCGGCGGCGUCCGAGUCCAGCAGGACUUACGAGGAGGUGCUUCGCGGCCUAGUCGAUGAGUUCGGGAUCGCUCUCGACUUGUUGGAGCCCGAGAGCAGCCACAUGGCACUCUUGUUCCGCGAGCGCAUCUCCCUCACUGCCUCUGGUGCCCGCGAGCUGCUUCUGUCCAGAGCCAGCGUGGAAGCUGUGGUGAGGGAGUGGCUGGCGCCCAUCGUCGGCCUUGCCAAGGAGCAGCUUGUGCCCCUGGUACGCGGAGUCCAGCACACCAGGCUGCAGGUCCUCAUGACGGGCUUCUGGACGCAGUCGCCAUGCAUCGUGGACGUCUUUACGGCUGCUCUUCGCAGUGAAGGCCUGCCGCAUGCAGUCUCAAUCAUGGUGGAUCAAACCAUGGACAACUCGGCAUCUGCCACGGUGGGGGCCUUGUGGGCAAUGACGGCCGACCGCGACGGUUGCUGGGAGGAGGAGGUCACAAAGUGA